AUGGAGCGGCCUUUUUCAACCUCCAAAGUCACAGUCGAGUACUUCGAUCCCCACGACGUUUACAAGCUCGUCACCCCGGGCCUCAUUCCACGACUGCCCCUUCGAAAUCUCCAUUGGCAGUCGCAUGCUGGACCUUUGCGCUCGAUCGAUACCCUCCACGUAGAGCUCACGCCCGCUGGCGGAGACCCAGCUGCCCCAAUCUCGCCAACCAUCUCCCCUUCGCUCCGCCGGUCAGUAAGCGCCGGCGCAAAGGACGAUGGCUUCCAAACGCAGUCUAUCGGAGGCAAAAGCACGUCUUCAGAUAUUUCCGAUACCCCAACGAUAGCGGCGCGACAGCCUGGCAAGGAACGGCGCCACCAAAUACCCGGCCUGAGGCGGACCCCUUACCUCAAAGUCCUGCUCGUUCGAUGCGACGACAGCGAUACCUACAAGUCCCAAACAAGGGCAGAAAUCAGAGAAUGGAUCAAGAAGAAUACACCGCCUUCGCAGUCUACCCGGAAGCUGAACACACAAGAGAACCAUGAUGCAUUUGAGUUCCUGAUUAUUCAUGUCGUAAUACCCAACACUUUUGCGGCAAAUCAACCUAGGGUCAGCGGAAAGGGCCUCGAUGCUGCCGAGAAAGCAAGAUCGUCAAGAUGGGGCUCCGGAUCCUCCACAUUAUUGGAGAAGCUUCGGUCCGACUUCAACAGCUCUAGCAAGGGCGCGAUCGAUCGUGUGGCCCAGAUCCGUAUCGGCAUCAACGACGUUCCAUACGAUGUACUGCCUCGAGUUGUUCCUGCCACGCCAACCGGUUAUACCGAGUCGCGUCAGGAUGCCGAAAACGCAUGGGAUGACCUCGUUGGCAAAUUCAAGGAGCUGAUUCUAUCAUCCUUUGACAUGAGGGUGUCACAGUACGAGGAAGACAUCAAGGAGAAGGAUGCUCAGCGGGCUCUACCGGGUUGGAACUUCUGUACCUUCUUCAUACUCAAGGAGGGUCUUGCGCGUGGGUUCGAGAGUGUCGGUCUUGUAGAGGAUGCCUUAGUUGGCUACGACGAGCUCAGUGUCGGUCUCGACACAGUCAUCCAAGAACAGGCCACCUCCGGAGAUCCCCAGACCCAUGGGGGCUCUCUGUUGAGUCACACGCAAGACCUCGUGAAGCGAGCUGAAGCUGCCGUUGCCGCACUGGGUGCUGAGGACGGCUCUCUAGAGGAUGACCAGCCUGUUGAUCUACAGGCCACGGAUGCCUCCAAAACCGACAAGUUCGACGAUAUCCCUAUUAGCGCCACAAAGAAGCCGUACCGCGAAAUGAUAGUAGCCAAUAAUGUGUCAGUCUUUGACUUUCGCUGCUACAUCUUUGCGAGACAGAUAUCGCUGCUGCUCCGCCUUGGCAACGCCUGGUCAACUAGGGAAGAUCUCCUGGCAAAGCUUAGAGAGCAACAAGAGUCUGUCCUUCACGGCGUUGCACCGCAAGCGCCGCCCCCAAAGCAGACAGAUGAAGCCGAAAAUCUGUCCAUGUUGGCUGAGAUCUGCCGAAGGACCCUAGAAUUCGUACCGGCUGUCUCGCAAGUCAUGAGAGCCGACAUCUUGGCUGCGCUGAAGAACAAGCUUACCGAGGAAGAUUCCCCAAUUCUCAACCCCGUCCUGGCGGAGGCUAUUGAUAAUCUUGUUGCAUCAUUCGCAUUCUCCGUCGCGCAGCAGAUUCUUGCUCAAACGUCGAGCAAAGCACUGCCCAUCCCCCCAUCGAGUUUGACUCCCUCCGACGGCCAUGAGCCAAAGUCAUCAAUUCCAGAGUUGAAAACCAUGCUACACCCGGCUCGAAACUCGUCUUUGCGUGUGGGAACGGGUUCCAAUACAAGUACCAGACCACCGCCCAGUCCUGGAGUGUUUCCCGGGGGAACAGGCCCCAACCUUGAUGACAAUACAGCACCCAACGCCCAAUUUCUCAAAGCUGGCCUAGAGGAACUCGCUGCGCGUCGGGCAGAGCUCUAUGCUCUGUCUAGGAACGUCCUCCAAGGCAGCGGAAAGAAACGAGGCUGGGAUAUUGGAUGGACAUCUGCGCCGGUACUAGGGGAAAUGGAUGGCAACGACUUUGAAGACGUUGAUCUCGACGGGGAUGAUCACAAGUCUCAGACAGACAACCCGGAUCCGCUCUGUAUAGGGCUGGCUGGUAUCGAGAACGGUCUUCUCCACACUGCCCUCGACAAUCGGGACGACUUCUAUCGCCUGUACGAAACACUCACGGACAAGGCCUUGCGUCAUUACACCGUGGCCAACCACACUCAUGCAGUCAAGACAAGCAUGGCCGAUCUCGCCGUGCUCAAGUAUCACCUUGGCGAGUACGGCCCGGCCGCUUCUUACUUCUACAUGACCACUCCAUUUUUCGGGGAGAACAGCUGGAGCCUAUUGGAGCUUUCCAUGCUUGUCAUGUACUCUCGAUGUCUGAAAGAGCUUCAGCGUAAGGAUGAAUUUGUUCGUGUGGGACUGAAGCUCUUGACGAAGGCAGCAGCCGCAGAAAAUGAGAGGCUUCAACAGAAGAAGCCCUCGCUUGUAGCUCACUCGGAGGUUCAGUACCCCGAGAAAAGUGCCAUCGCUGGCUUUCUCGAUGAGGUAUUGAGUGUAGCUAAGACCCUUUCCAACGAGGUCAGGGUGCCUCUGGGGCAUCUCUUCACCCAAGUCGAAGUUGUCGGGCAUCCAGCCUACCACACCGGCAAAGAUUGCUUCUCUCUCACCAUUAAACUAAGAAGCUUGCUCAUAGAUGACCUAAGCCUGGAGAAGGCCGCCAUACGCUUGUCCAGGACGUCAUCCGGGGGGACAAAGGAGGUUUGGUUACACACUUCCGAAGCGAACAUUCUCAAGCCAGGGAUCAACGAGUUGCGGCUUACCAGCACUACAAAUGUCGCCGGUCACUACAGGAUUGACCGGGCAGAUUUGAUUUGCAACAAAGUUGACUUACACUGGGAGCGGGAUGUUAACCAAACACCCAGCAAGACGGCGCAGAUCUUCCGUCUUCCCGACCUGGAACUCUAUCGCCCCACUGGCGGUUUGAGUUGUCGCUUAACGGCGGCAAGAGACAUUCAAUUGGACAAGAACAAUUCACUUGAUUUGGAACUCUUGACGGGAUGGAACACUAUCAAGUCCUGUGAGCUUUCGGUCAAGCCAUCGACUGGCGGCCUUCGAAUCAUUUCAACCGAAGCAACGUUUCUUGGACCUACACUAGAAUACGAGAAGCCUUUGGAGGCCGGACUUUUCCGCUUCGGAAGCAUCUCCGCGUCGUCCGCCAUCAAAAUGCGUUUCCCGUACACCAUCGAGCAAGAUGUUCCGAGCAUAUCGGCUAGAGUCGAAAUAACGUACACUACAGACGAGGGCACUUUCACAUACUCCAAUGUGUUCUCAGUCCCAGUGGCACUCGCCUUGGGCGUCAAUGUACAGGACGUUUUCAAGCACAACGCCUUAUUCUCCCGCUUCAGCGUCUCAACAGCCUCGUUGAGCCCACUCAGAGUGUUCAAAACACAUCUGAUCGACUCAGAUGUCUUUUCUGCCCAUUCUGCAGCUCCACCAAACAAGUCCAUCAUGGUGUUUCCGAAGCAGCCUGCCAGUUUGCUUUACAAGAUCACACGCAAAGCUUCAGGCAACACCACACCCAAGACCCAGCGGACCCUGUAUCUUAAGCUUCAUUACAGCGUUGUCUUGGAUGAGAUUAUUGCCCUUGUUGAAGAUUCCCUGUCAAAGUACAUCGAAGAAUCUCCUCUUUCCUCCUUCUCAGGCCUUUUGAUCAACCGCGUACUGGCAGAGGUGCGGUCUAGCCUUUCGGCUUAUGACUUGGAGCGAGCUGCUCUCCUCGGCGAGGUUUCUACGGCCUUCGUAUCGCCUUUACUAACAGGGAAUAUCUUCAGAGGUCUGGGCACAGUCCCGGGCGGCAAAGAAGACACCUCUAAAGCUCUUCAAGCAUUCCUUGUUUCCUGGCAGUCAACGUAUCCAAAGUUAACCAUCAAAGGAAUCGAGUCUAUCAGUCGAUCAAUCCUCAUCCCUGUCGACGUCCCCUCCAUUCCCGUUUUCCACUCGGUCGACAUUCAGCUUCCGCCACCCGACGAACAAAUAGCAGGUUCGACCCUGGCCGUCAACCAGUUGCUGUCUGCUAAUCUACGUUUGCGCUGGACUCGCAUCUGGGACACGGCUGUCAGUGAUGGCAAAGGCAUCAAUAGGGACUACGAGUUCAGCUUUGAUGUGACUGGUCCAGGUGACACAUGGCUCAUCGGCGGCCGGAAGCGCGGCAACUUCAAGAGUCUGGGAGUAGACAAGUCGGACGCCAAGUUUGGAGAAUCCGAGUUGCAUGUUCCCGUGCUCAUCGUCCCGCUGCGCGAAGGACGGCUGCCCUACCCCAAUGUGGAGAUUCGCGAGGUCAAGAAGGAGGAGAAUGACGAGACAGCUGGUCAUCAUGAGAUCGAUUACCAAAACAUUGGCGAGACAGUACGGGUCGUUGCUGACUUGCAGCGGGUGACCCUAAGUCUAGAUGCUAGCGGACCCAGUGGUGGUCCAUUGGUUCUCGAGAGCGAGCGGCGCGAGUUCCAUCAUCGGAUCUUACUGUGA